AUGAGCUUCUUCAAGAACAUACUGGGGUCCAAGGAUCACACCAAAGAGAUCGCAGAGAUCCUUCCCAUUGCAGAGUGCAAGGCAGAAUGCCUUGCCAGUGAAUGUCACACAAAGUUUCCCAAUAGUGCAGAGGUCAAAGGGGCCGAUGCUACUGCUGAUCUAUGGAUGUCAACUAAGCCGUAUGCCUUACAUUGUCUAGUGUCUACGGGAAAGACAGACUGGCAGCACGACGCCACCGAUACGCCUCUUUCGCUAGAAAAUCAUCUUAGUCAGUGGGCUUCUAAUAACUCCCGAGUUGCUGGGGGCACUAUCAAGGUUAGUUGCUCGUCCCUUCCCAAUCAUGAUCACGAGAAUCUUACUGGGGACGUCUUGAUUCUACCCUAUUUCGUCUGGGUUAAGGGCUGUCCAAACGGCCAAAUUGGCGAUGUGAUGUCUGAGCUUGUUCCAAAGCUUAAACUUGCCGAGAAAGGCAAAAUUUCACUGCCCAAAGAGCUGGGUGGUGUUGAGAUAGCAGUUGACCCUUCCCAUGCAUACGUAUUUCUGUGCUCCCAUAGAACACGUGAUAAGCGCUGUGGAAUAACUGCGCCGCUCAUGAAGAAGGAGAUGGAUAUAGAUUUACGGGAUCGCGAUCUCUUGCGCGAUUUCGGAGAUGAUAGACCGGGAGGAGUGACGGUGGCAUUCAUCAACCACGUUGGGGGACAUAAGUUCGCAGCCAAUCUACUCAUCUACCUGCGCUCAGGCGAGAACGUGUGGUUUGCAAGAUGCCGUCCUACAAACUGCAAGGCAAUAAUAUCCGAAACCAUCCUCGGAGGGGGAAAGGUCUGGCCUGAAUAUUUGCGACUGGCACAGAGGUUCAGUCCAGUGAAGUGGUAG